AUGGAUAGCUAUCCUAAUGAAACAUUAAGUGCGGAAAAGGGCAAGCGUAUUUGGACGAUACGUCUGGUUGCUUUUUUGUGGUGGUUGCCUAUAGUAACUAGUCAAUUCUUAUGGCUGAUGAUGCAAGGAAGAAUGUAUGAGCUCAACCGAGGUAUUCCAAUAAAUGACGUCGACCUCGUUGGUCUGACAACAAUGUCGUUCCCACCACGACACCUUCUCGAUCCGGCUCAGCAAUGGUACAAGCCUACGUGA